UUCUCAGCUGAUCGGUCGCAAGCGAGAUUCGUACUACCUAUAUACUAGAAUUUAACCGUUAUAUAUAAGCUUUAACAUACUGACAAACACCAGCAGCAAUGUCCAAAGGGCCUAAGCGAAACGUCGCGUUCAUCAAACCGGACGAACCGGACUUCCUGAAACGGAUGAAAGCGCAAAUUGGCUACAAGGAAGGCCCGACAGUCGAUGCAAAGCGUCAGAAAAUAGAGAACUUCGAAGAUUCAGAUGACGACGAUCGUGAAGAGCGCGAAGACGAGUUGCCCCAGGUGGUGGUCCUGAAGGAAGGAGAUCUUACCGCCGAAGAGGCAGCGGUAGUCGAAAAAGAGGAGGAGGAAAAACCGGCCGAUCUUACCCAGAAGAUUGUGUUCAAAUCGAAAAAGUCUAAAGCCGGAGGCAGCAGCCUGGACGACGUCCAGGUUCUGAACCGGAAGACUAAAAAGAAGAAGGAAAAGGAAGCCAAAAGUAAACUAUCCUUCGCGGAUGAUGACGAAGAACAGGAGGACGGUUGAAAUGUAGGUAGCUAUAUACGGUAUUAAUGGAGA